AUGCCUAUGCUUCUAGCUUUUGACUCUACAUUCCAGGUGUCCCCUUACCCCUCUAACACCGGGCGCGGAGGAGAAGCAACAGCCACAACAACAACAAUAGUGUUUCUAACGCACAGCAGCAACACCGCCAAGAGCGCGGCCUUAACCGCAACAGCGCGGUAUUUACACACCGCCAAAAGCGCGGCCGCACCAACCGCCCCGCAACCGAGGCGACAGCGGAAGCACUGCCAGAGUACGGUCUUAACCGCCAAAAGCGCGGCCACCUCAACAACGCCACCAACCAGCGCGGCUACUAUAGCGCUGCACAACAACAGCGCGCAACACCAGCAACAACCGCGUGCGCAACACCAACAGCAAAGCGCGCAAUACCAACAGCAACAGCGCUCAACACCAACAACAACAGCGCGCAACAGCAGCAACAACCGCGUGCGCAACACCAAGAGCAAAGCGCGCAACACCAACAGCAACAGCGCGCAACACCAGCAACAACCGCGUGCGCAACACCAACAGCAAAGCGCGCAAUACCAACAGCAACAGCGCUCAACACCAACAACAACAGCGCGCAACAGCAGCAACAACCGCGUGCGCAACACCAAGAGCAAAGCGCGCAACACCAACAGCAACAGCGCGCAACACCAGCAACAACCGCGUGCGCAACACCAACAGCAAAGCGCGCAAUACCAACAGCAACAGCGCUCAACACAAACAACAGCAGCGCGCAACACCAACAACAACAACAACCAGCGCGUCUAUCAUAGCGCCGCACGACUCCUGCAACAACAACAACAGCAGGCCUCCACCAAGGCCUGCUGCAACACUAGGGUGUCUCCUUACCCCUCUAACACCGGGCGCAGAGCAGAAGCAACAGCAACAACAACAGCAAUAGUGUUUCUAACGCACAGCAGCAACACCGCCAAGAGCGCGGCCUUAACCGCCACAGCGCGGUAUUUACACACCGCCAAAAGCGCGGCCGCACCAACCGCCCCGCAACCGAGGCGACAGCGGAAGCACUGCCAGAGUACGGUCUUAACCGCCAAAAGCGCGGCCACCUCAACAACGCCACCAACCAGCGCGGCUACUAUAGCGCUGCACAACAACAGCGCGCAAAACCAGCAACAACCGCGUGCGCAACACCAACAGCAAAGCCAGCGGGGACAACAACGCGCAACACCAGCAACAACCAGCGCGGAUACUAUAACGCUGCGCAACACCAGCAAUAACAACACCCGCCACAGCAGCGGGGACACCAGCCCGCAAUACCAACAGCAACAGCGCUCAACACAAAGAACAGCAGCGCGCAACACCAACAACAACAACAACCAGCGCGGCUAUCAUAGCGCCGCACGACUCCUGCAACAACAACAACAGCAGCCCCCACCAAGGCCUGCUGCAGCACUAGGGAGAAGCAACAGCAACAACAACAACAAUAGUGUUUCUAACGCACAGCAGCAACACCGCCAAGAGCACGGCCUUAACCGCCACAGCGCGGUAUUUACACACCGCCAAAAGCGCGGCCGCACCAACCGCCCCGCAACCGAGGCGACAGCGGAAGCACUGCCAGAGUACGGUCUUAACCGCCAAAAGCGCGGCCACCUCAACAACGCCACCAACCAGCGCGGCUACUAUAGCGCUGCACAACAACAGCGCGCAAAACCAGCAACAACCGCGUGCGCAACACCAACAGCAAAGCGCGCAACACCAACACAGCGGGGACAACAACGCGCAACACCAGCAACAACCAGCGCGGAUACUAUAACGCUGCGCAACACCAGCAAUAACAACACCCGCCACAGCAUCGGGGACACCAGCCCGCAAUACCAACAGCAACAGCGCUCAACACAAAGAACAGCAGCGCGCAACACCAACAACAACAACAACCAGCGCGGCUAUCAUAGCGCCGCAUGA